AUGGACCCGGCAGUUGCGGCAGCUGCGGCAGAGGUUGUUCAAGCACCGCAACCCGCGCCAUCGGCGGCAGCGCCAAUACAACAGCAACCCCCCUCAACCUCAACCUCUGCCACGGUCCCCGAAUCAAAGGACCCAUUGGCGACGCCUCCGCCAGCGCAGACGACAGCGCCCACGACUGUGCGAUCAACAGCGCUGGCAUAUACCCCCGCGACACUCACCAUCCAACCAGGCACGCAACCUCCAGAGCUCCGAUCCAUCUAUCCCUGGGACUUGAAGACCCCCAUUCCGCUCAGUGACACACUCCCCGUCUUCUACGACGCCUCCACAGCGGAAUACUUCCUCUUCACGAAUCAGGGCGCUUGGCUACUCUACAAGACGCCCCGGGUGACGAUUCCAAAGAAACAGGCGAGGAAGUUUCUCGAUAAUUUUCCGAGCCGCGAUGACGUUGCUGCAGUUAUUGGGGCAGAACUCAAGAUUCCAAAGUGUGAGAGUGGGAUGCUGACCGAUCGGCUUAUCUUAUACCACGCUGUGCAUGAUUCGAUCCUCGUCAGUCGCGUAAAGAAGAACACCUCGCUUUUCCGCUUCUGUGAAGAUAAGGCGAUUCGCAAGGUUUCGGGUCGUGGGACAACAUUUGGCAAUGUUUAUUUGCAAUACAUCAGACCGGAGUUUGAGAACAUCGUUCCGCAUACUUGCCAGGAAUUGUAUAACUGCGGAAACAACGUCAUCUACUGCGGAACAUGCACAGCGUACCGCACAGCAACUGGGGUAGUCAAUAAUACAAUCCAGUGCUCGGUUCCCCGGAUGCUAGGCAGAGUGACAGUCCCAAUCAACGUGGCCCGAAAUCUUCUCACGCAAUGUCUGGAACCGGGGACCACGAAGCUCGACUUUAGCCGCGCCUAUCCCGUGCUCGGGCAGUGCUUCAACAUGUUCGCCAUCUCGACGAUUCCGGCGCCGCCGGCUAAUAUGGUCAUAAACAUGCUUCGUGAUAGCUUGUUCGUAGAGAUCCCAUACCAGGAAAAGGGAGAUGGUAGGUGCCAGAGGUUAAACUGGGCAAACUUUUUCAGCAUCUCCGAUCAGCCGCAGAAUGACAAUGGCCCUAUUUCUGGUUCACAAGCCACGGGAAAUGCGGCAGCCGGUGCAAAGGUUGUGGGUGCUGGGGUUGCCGUGGGAUUGGGCAUUGCAUCGUUAUUGCUAGGAUAAUAUCAUGUCCAACUGGACAACGCACUGGACUCC